AUGGCAGGGCGUUGGGCACGGCUUCUAACCUCGCUAGCCGUGUGCGUUGCCGACGUGGUAGCAAGGCGCCCUGUGGUGGGGAUCGUCGCCUCGCCACUAAAACUGCCAGGGGCCACCACCUUCAACGGUCUGAGCUGGAUCUGGAACACCUACGUGGAAAGUCUCCACGAUGCUGGUGCCGAGGUGGUCCCGCUGGUACCCCACAGCGGGCCGGAGGAGCUGAAAGAGGCUUUGGAGCAGGUAGAUGCGGUCCUUUGGACAGGUGGCGAGGACGAUCCGGGAGUUCACGGUGCAACAUACCCGGAUGUCAUGAUGGACACCCUCAAGGUGAUUUACGAGCACGUCAAGGCCAAGGGCACCGUGCCACUCUGGGCCACGUGCCAGGGCUUCCAGGCUCUCUGCGUUCUCGCAGCAGAUGACCCCGAGGUCGUUGUCCCCACCUAUGGAACGCUUGGAACUGCGGUGUCUCUGCACUUCACCACUGCAGCGAACUCCUCGCGCCUCCUUCGUGAUGCGCCUCCAGAGGUCUUCUUGGAGCUGGGGCGCCGAAACUCGACACUGAACUUCCAUUCCUACGGCGUCCUGGCGCAGAGCUUCCACCAGGCAAAAGUUCCAAAUUUCCAGCUCCUCGCGACUGACACGGACACCCGGGGGCAGGUCUUUGCUUCGCUGAUGGAGCACAAUGAGCUGCCAAUGUUUGCGUCACAAUUUCAUCCAGAACUCUACUACUUCUUGGAUCCCGAUAGCGCUGCACAAAAUCCGGCUGUCCGACAUGCUGUGGAAGCCAACCGCUACUUCAUGCACUUCUUUGUGAAGGAAGCAGCGAAGAAUGCUGCAGCUGUUCACGCCGACUCGGCAACACCGUUGCGAAUUGGCGAAUACCCCAUGAGCUUCCCUCCGCUGGGCAUCUUCGGAAGUUCCGGCGGCGAGCUCUUCCCGGGAAAGAUCCUGCGCGGACAUGUCUGGAACUACAGCAGGCGCAUGUGUCUGAGCAACCAUCAAGCUUGCUAG